UAUUAAGAUAAAAUUUAUAUGAUUUGAUAUUCCCUAUAUUAUACCAAUAAUACAUAUAUAUUUUUCGUUUUCUUUUAUUUUGUGUAUCAAUUGCAUUUUGUUCGUUUAGGUCUUUACCUAGCAAUCGGGUUACCUGUGGUUAACCGUUAGGGGCUGGGAAAGAUUCCUUUGACUUCACAGAAAACUCCAGAGUCUAGGUUGAAUCAUUGUUUAUGAGUUUUGCGAUUCAAUACCCAUGACAUACUUUAAUGUCCAUUUCUCUGUUAUUUGUGUUGCAGUAUAUGUUAUUUUUAGGCUCUGUAGGAUUUAGUGGGUAGGGGGAAGUUUUGCCAGUCCCUAUUCUCUGUGCAUUAACACAACAGGAACAUACUGUUGCUAUAGGGAAAUGCGGAUUGAUUGAAUAAUAGAAUUAUGCCAAACAAGAAGGAGAUAUGCAACAUUUAUUUGCAUGUCCUGUUCAUCUAUGCUUGUUACAAUAGAGACAUGUCGGGGACCCGAAGUUUUGAAAUAAGCACCUCUCCAUGUGAAUUCUCCCUUUCCAAUAAUCUAAUCCCGCAUCCCCACCGGGGACUUUUAAGAGCUCUACGGUAAUCCUGAUAACUUGCUUAUAACAUCUCUCAUGAGGUUCAUGGUUAUGGGUACCUGCAGACUCGUACCCAGUCGUUAUUUGAUGUUGCGGGGACAUCCACGGGAAACCUGACGCGGAGACGGAAAAAAAAUGACAAGCGAAUUCCGAACCCCGAAACCGCAUCCUGGCCGUCAUGCACCGUGCGCUAAAAUUCAUUCUCCCCAAAAUGCAUCGCGCGGCGUCUGGGUACGAGGUUACUGGGGCACCUGGGUAACUUGUUAAGAGGCAGGUUGCAGGCACACUGUUGGUGUGCCUUCCUGAAAACAAACAAACAAACAAAAAAAAAACUAUAAAACACGCAUUUACCCCUCUCCCCCUAUUCUCCCCUUGAUUUAAUUUGCUGUUGCUGCCUCUGAUUCCGGGUGCUUUGCUUUUAGAAGACUCUUUCUGGAAUGACUUGACAAAAUGAUAUUCUGAUAUGAUAUUUUUUCCCUGAAACUUAAGCAUUCAGACACCGGCUAGGAGGCCUUCAAACUAAAAAUAGUGUAUUAUUUGUAAUUCAAUACCAGACUUGCUAUCAGACUAGUUAGGCUUGUUCAUCAUAAGGGGCGGACCGAACGGAUACGAAAAGGAGGUGCGUUUAAGCGAUAAUAAUCAAAAGUGUAUUGAUUACAAAUUCCAUAAAAGCUAGUACUUCUAAAUAACGGAGCUUUGCACCAGGCAGUACCGACUCACACAAAAAUCAUUUCGCUCAUCAACUGUCAUUUACGAUUAUUAAUUACUUUAAAGUUUAAUUACCACAUGGAGAAUUUUAAUAAUUUUUGAAUAUAAUACUUUUUAGUAUAAUGUAUAAUAUAUAAUUUCUUUAGAAUAGUACAAAUCGAUAGGUAAAAGCAGAAUGGAAAGACUUUGUACUUCAAAGAACAAAUGCCGGCUCAUGUAAGCUAAUUAUUACCUUUGUCAUUUGCCGCCUAGAUUAUAUGGUAGUAUUACUUUCUUUCAUAAACCACGAAAUAGCAAUUUGCUACGCAAUCCUACCGAAAUAUGGUGGCAUUAAUUACCUUCAACCUCUAUUAUGAAAACAUGAUUAUUUGUAUUCCUAUUUAUUUUAAAUCACAAAAGAAAAUAACGAAGAGCUCCUACCAAAACUGCCGGACUGAUCUUUAAAUGUUACAACGAACUAAUGGAAGUAUGCUAACUUUGGGUGCCAUUAACAACCUGUUAUAGUGAUUUAUUUCCUUACUAGAAAAUGCGAUAGACGCAUCUAGUAGUGGGAGCUCGCUGUAAAGUAGUUACUUCAGGGGAGUAUUUUACCACGACCCGCAUGUCUUAAAGAGUCUUCGUCCGCCGGCGUUUUGUCAUCCUAGCAAUGUACCAAGUGUGAGAAAGCAUCCAUUUUCAUCGGCCGAUUUGAGAAGAAGCUCGAUUGCGAUAUUUUCGAUUGAAUUUGGUAAAUGGAAUAUAAAACUAUUUAGACAGCCUAUUUUGAAUUUGACUUCUAAACUUGAAUUAAGACAAUAACAAAGGUGUGGUUGACUCGGGCUCUAUUGAAAGACAGGUAUAGCUGCAGUAAGAUUUGUAUUCAUGUUAAAGAACUUUUAACCGUAGGAUAAGAUCUGUGGUGAGGGUUUAAGCGAAGUGGUCGAUCAAUAUUCGAUCUAAAGCGGUCAUCUGAUACCCAUCAACCCUAUUGUAAAACGUUUAAAAUGGAGCCCAUAGCAAAGUGUUAUUUCUCAAAUGAUGUACGGGAAGGGACAAAUUUAAAAACAUAUAGACUAAACAUGAUCACAUCAGGAGAAUUCAUCGUUGUCGAAAUAAAAUAAAUCCCUUUCUUGUCGAAAUAAAAUAAAUCCCUUUCUUGUCGAAAUAAAAUAAAUCCCUUUCUUGUCUAAAAGCAGCUUUUACGAUUUCUACCUGUGAUUUCUUGUGAGAAUUCUUUUGGUGCAAGUAGGUGAAAAUCCAUUUGAGGUCAGAGAAUAAUCAUCUAAUUUCCACUCUAAUCUAGAAGCUUUCCAAGUGUUAGUCAAAAUAUUGAUUUUCUUUCUCACUUUCAAUUUAUUUCUUAUCGCAGGAUAUGAGUAAAGAGACUUAACCUAAAUAUAAUAUAUGUUCAAUUGCCCUUUUGGCAAUUUUUUAUUCUUUUUAUUUUGCCCUCUACUAGUUUGCGUUUCCUCUUCUUUCUGAAAAUCCUGCAUGAAAUUGUUUGAUCAAACGACAUUUUUCCUACCGUUUUCUUCUUUUGUGGUACUUUGUUGACAUCGAAAAUAAAACAUCUGCUUAACUGUUUCGGUGUGCAUUAGGCUCGCUCACUAACUUUUAAAAGCCAUGUCGCUAAACAACCCGUCAUUUUACUUCCACUUUUCAGCAACAAUAAUCAAUUAUUUUUUCUCUUAAACUUUUAUGAAUCAUUCAUGUUGUCGGCUUUAUUAUUUUCUGGUUCGAGCAUAACUCUUUCUGGAACACAGCCCUUUGUAUUUUGUCUCGAGGGUAGGGCAUUUUCUUUUUCUUAGAUGGUUUUAAACGUGUUUUUUUUAAGUAUCUUUUUUGCGUUUGACUUUAUAUGAUAUCUCUAGAGAAAGAUUAGGGGCAAACUAAACAAGUCAUGUGAUUCCGUACAUUUUACACUAAACUCGUUAAUGUGGGUUGUGUUUAUCUUCGUGUUAGUCUCUUGGCCCUGCCAACAAUUCCCCUCAAUCCCUUACAUUAAAAAACAGAGUUUCACUCAUUGUUGCAUCAUUUUCUCCUAGGUAAAAUUUUGACUAAGCUCAUUUUUUAAUCAGAUUACUAUUACAUAUAUGCAGUUUCCUCUGUAGCUAGAGACCGUUAUUGACACGCCACGAGCGCUUUUACAUGUUUCCCGGCAAAUGCUUAGAAGAGGUUGUUCGAAAAACUGUACGUGUCACCUGUAAAUGCUUUAAAACCGCUUUAUUGUGUUUUGUUGUAUUAAGAUUAUCCCCCUCAAGAACCACAGAGUUGUAAUCAUUUGAAUAUUGAACAACCUCAAGAAGAUGUCUACAAUAAAAACGAACCAAACAUCGCCUCCAUUGAAUUAUUAAGCUUUGCUUUAAUCAAUAAUCCAAUUCAAGUGCAUACUCAAAAAUGGAUGUUGGUUCACCAAAAGUGGUCAUUUUAGGGGAAAAUGUAACAUUGGCUCAUUUUUCAGUUAUUUUACUAAUUGGUUAGUUGGAAAAAUAAAACUGAUGUAAAAAAUAUUACAUUGUUUUAAAGCUUGGCUCCUACAAAACAGAAUUGAUGAAAAUGCAACUUAGUGCAUGGGAAACAUUCAUAAGUCGGUUUCUCGAUCGCGGAAAACAUCUCUUUGCGAUAACCCUCAUAGAGUCAAGAUUUUCUUGACUCUCGUAGGAUGUGUCAUUCUCCCAGUAGACAGACAGAUACCAGCAUUUGCAUAUCCGACGAGUCCCUAUAAGUAGUGUUACAAGAUGAGCCGCUGGAUCAUACGAAACCUCCGAAUCGAACCGACAACAUCUCUCCUUACAACAAUCAUGGAGUAUGAGGAUCAUCAUAAUGGAAACCUUACUAAUGUUACUGGCCUUUUUGAUGACAUGCAUCGCAUUGCAUGGUUCCAGCCCUCUACUGACGUUCCUAUGCUCAUUGUAGGCGGCCUAGCGGUCGUUUUCAACGCGUUUAUCAUCUAUAUUGUGCAAUCACGACGCACUUUGCAGACUUCGAGUAACACUAUACUCGUUAGUCUCUGCGCCUCAGAUCUUCUUUACGGUCUGGUGACGGUCCCGAUGCAAGUCGCCUGCGCCGUUUUCAUGGUCAACGACUUGUGUAUCGUCACGGACACUCUGGUCAAGUUCAUCUCGGUCUCGACCAUCAUUCACAUUCUUCUUAUCACAGUCGACCGGUACAUAUUCAUAGUGUACGCGUUAAGGUACUACGCCAUUGUGCGCAAAAGACGAGUUGUAGGUACCUUACUAGGAGUAUGGAGCGUUAACGCUGUAAUUACACUGGUGCGUCUUCACUGGGCUUUACGCGUGGAUGUGUCCGAUGACGAAGGAGACGACGUCCAUAGGCAAGAGUUCAUUUACAUUGUCUUCCGCCUCGCUACGUUCUUUUGUCUUCUGCUAACCGUUGUCCUUGUGCUGGAUAUUCAUAUGCUGAUCGUUCUCGGGAGACAAGUGAGGAAAAUCGUGCGGCAGAAUCUACCGAGGGAGUGUCUGCUUCAGGAGAAGCGCUUGAAGUACCAACAGCGCCGCGCCAUCCUCAUGUGCAUCUUUAUGUUCCUGAUCAACUUUGCGUUCUGGUUGCCGUACUUCACCUACGAUCUCUGGCAGACUCACGAUGGCUUUGGCAUCAUUGGGGAGUACGCUAUACUCAUAGCGCGUAUUCUUACAUCGGUGCUUAACCCUAUCAUUAACACGAUUGGUCGACAAAGCCUUCGGGACGAAGUACUGAAAAAACUCCCAUGUCGCUGUCGCACAACCCCAGACUUGCGGACAGAAGACACGCCGCUUAACGAAUUCUAAAGAAAGCAAACGAAAAAAUUUAGCUCUCUGAUACAGGAGCUUUUAGUAGACAUAUAUUUGCAGAAGAAAAGGAUCCCCUUUGUAAAUAGAAAGAUCUCCUAGACGCACAGUCGAGGGGUUCCAAUGAGGCGCCUCAGAAAAUAGGUUUUUAGUGCUUCACCAAAGUGGAUUAGAAUUCGCAAGUUGAAAGUACAUGAUAGAAUGUUCUCAAGUAUGCACUAACACUAAAAGUACCUUAAAGGGGAACUGAGGGUGGAAUUUAAGUAAAUUGGAUUUCUAAAGUACGGCGAGGUGGUGCGAGAUUUCCACCUUUAUGCCUAUAAUGUUAUUUAGUUUUUUUUUUCUGUCUUAUCUGAUAUGCUGCCGUUUGUUUUGUUUGAAAAACCGUUCUGUCCGGGGCAGGCGUACACGAACAUAAAAACGAUAGAUAUCAAGCGCCAUGAAGUUAAUUUUGUAGACUGUUCUUCAGAGGUCGCCAGCUAUUCGGUAAAUACCGAAGUGGCGAAACAAAAGUCUGUUACUUGAGGGAACUGAAUAAUAAACAGACGGAAAAUUUUCCACAGAUACUGUGUUAUUAUGUUCCUCGCUGAUUGGUAUGCAAAUACUGGGAUUUCCCCUCCUCAUCGUUCGGCGCACUGGCAUUAGCGCAGAUAAAACAAGCUAUUAAGAUCUUCAGGACGAUGCAAUUUUAGCUAGUUGUAGGCGUUUAUUCUUCCAGAUAAUGUACAAUAAUAUUGUUAAUAAAGACAUGGCCGAUUAUAUCGCUCAUGUAAUGGACACGAUGAUCGCGGCAAAAUCGCCUUUGAAAUGCACAAUGAUAUUCUAAGUUUUAAAUUCUGAAUUGACAUCGAGUUUUACUUGGAUAUCAUGUUAACUUGGGUUUGUUCAGUUUUCUAGGGUAGUUUUUGUUAGUGAGGGAAUACAAUUAUUAGCUGCUUUUGCAACACCUAUUAUCAAAUAGCAGUUAUGAUUCCCCCCUAGUGGGAACCAAUUUGUCAGUUGUGCUUAUCUCGUGCCGUCUGGAAAAAGCGGGUCUUUCAGACCAUGAACUCCCGCGAUGAUUCUCGCUUAUCGCACCCUUCCCGUUUUGUCAAAAGUGUUUUUUUUAUCAUGCAAUUUAAGUGUCAUCUAUUUAAGAUUUUUUUGCCGAAAAUUAGCUUGGGGGUUUUUUGCUUUGCCUUUUAGUUAGUCGUAGAAAAAUCGACAAAUUCUAAGGCAUUUAUUUUAUUUUUAUGUCUAAUAACUGCUAUCGUGAUGGCUUGUGUUGUCUUAUUUCGUGUGAACCAUUCAUUGUUUUCAAUUUAAAUAUUACUUCCUAAAGGGUUGGUUAAACCUUCUCGCUCAAAGCAAGAAGAAUAACCAACCAUCCCCAAGAAAAUUGAUUUAAUCUUGCUAUUUGAAAUAUUGGUCCUUUAAAGUGAAAAGGCAGUCAAUUUUCAUUUUUAUUUUAAAUCAUUUAUGUCCUAGCCAUCUUAAGUCACAGAGUCUCCAGUUUCGUAAAA